AACUUACAUCUUUUAGGGAUCCACAAUUAUCAGGUCCAGAUUUGAGUUCACCACUUUCACAAUCCUUUGUUAUUAACAAGGAAUUUCCCAGAAAGUAAAUUUGGUUUAGUUCUUUGUUAAAAUGCGUCGUACGAAACUAAUCUAGUUACAGUCGAUGUGGGUGGACUUUUUGUACACUUUUUUGCGUAUUUAUGUGUGUUAUUGCGACUUUUUAACAUGUACAAAGACUUUUUACCUUUUCUUUGUACUAAUUUUACUUUAUUUAUGUAUUGCUUUUUAAAACGAGAAACUUUACCAGCUUCUUUUUAUUUACUACAGACUUAUUCUCACCAUAUGAUCAUAUCUGCUGUGUGAUUACGUCUGUCUGUCUAAUGUAAUGUGCUAUUUGUUGCAAAAUUAUAUCCUUGAGCUGAACUUCAGCCUCAAAUCCCUACUACUGCUCUGUUGUUGUUGGCUAGUUGGUAGAUUGGCAAAAUUGCACACUCAUUUCAAUAUGUAUUGCAAACUUCUUCUGCGUAUCCCAAUCGCAAAAUCCUUUCAACAACUGUAAGUAUACGUGAAGGAUAAAAAGUAAACACGAAUGAGUUUAUGUGGUGGUGGAUGAGAUGAGACGAGGGUGGUGAUAUUUUGGCUGUGACGCACAUUUUAUAUUAUUCGACCAGAUGAUCUGUAAUUCAUUAACAUUUGUUUUUUUAAGCGAGGUAAAAAUAAUAAUAAUAAAUUGAAAAAUAGUGUGAAAGUAUUCGUAUAAAGUAAGAAAAAUAUAGUGAAAGCACAGAGUUUCACGGUGAAACUUUCACCACGCAUUCCGAAUAAAAGUGUAAAGCUUUGACGGCGUUUUAGAUUUAGACGAGUUGUAAAAUCAGCUGUACUAUUUAGUAGUACGCACUACGCAUUCAACAUGUGUUAUUAUUUAUUUUUUUGACAUAUGUAUAUACAAUGUAGCAGCACACCUUUGGCUAAUCUUCCCUUUUUGAUUUUGACUGACAAUAAGGUGCGAAUUUACGCAAUACAUCUGUAAUUACGGUGUAAUUUCCAGAAAAUAAGGUUCAACUACUGGUCUAAUUGAAAAGUCUACAGAUACAAGAUGACAUCUUCAGAAAUGUUUGAAACCUUGGAGGAAGAACUUCAGAACUUGUGUGACACGAUCGAGUCCCGAAUUGAUAACAAGUUAGUGGGCAGCCCGUUUGGUGAAAGUAGGAAAAAGUUGACAAGUGAGAUCGAACGAGACCUGCAAGAAGGUCAAAAUUUAUUGCGCCAACUAGAAUCCGAGGCCCGACUUGCUCCUGUCCCUUAUCGACAUGAGUUAACAGCAAAGAUAAGCACCCACCGACAAAAUGUGAGCAAGCUGAAUAACCGAUAUCACGGCGUGUUAGGAAGUUUCGGAGACCGGAAGAACUACAUGCCCGACCCGAGACGCACAGUUUUAGAAGGUCAGAGAGCCCUUGAGCGCACGUCGGACAGUAUCGCUCGAUCUACUGCUGUCGCAAUUGAGACUGAACAGAUUGGAAAUGAGGUUAUCGGAGAGUUGGGGACGCAAAGGGAAACGUUAGUGAGGACAAAAACACGUUUGGUGGACACGGAUGUUGAGAUUUCAAGAAGUCGAAAAAUCCUCCGCUCCAUGUAUAUAAACAUGAUUUACAACAAGAUAAUUCUUCUAGGGAUUAUUGUGAUUGAGGUGCUGAUCUUAGCAAUUAUUAUAUAUUGGAAAUGGUUUCGUUAAGUCAGACGCUUAAUAAAAUUAAUUAACGAAUAAUACAAUAUCCUACAUAUAUAUUAAUGUAACAACGGGUUGGAAACAAUCAAUC